UGGAAUUAUUAUGGAAAACAAAUCUUAGGUAGAUAAAAUGUCAAUUUGAAGUUAAUGUAGCUUCCUUUGUAAGCUUCAAGCAUAACAUUUUUUAACAGCCUGCCUAUUGAAGUACGGUCUUUGUGUACCUCUAAAUUUUGUAUGGUCACAAGAAAAUGGUUAGUAUUAAAUCCUCUUUACAAAACUGAGGAUUUCUUUGAGGCUAUAAGGGCUAAGCCCAUUUCACCUGGAUGGUUUUGCCUGUAACUGCUAAAUUUCAUCCUACAGCACCUUAAUGGGGCGUGGAAAAGACAGCAGUUCCGAGAGUGAAGAAGAUUCUAAUGUCAGACACGACCGAUUCAAACCAGAACGAUUUAAAGACUCUCAUUCAAAUUCACAAUCUUCAAGCUCUUCUAGGUCUAAAGAUUUUAACUAUGAUAGGAAUAACAGUAAGAGACAUAGAGAAAGAUCGCCACAUAGGAGUCAUUUUCAAAAAGACUAUUCAUCACAACGAAAAGAAUCAAGAAACAAGUACGAUGAUAUAAGAUCAAAUUCAAAAUCUAACAUUUCUUAUAAACAUGAUUCCAGAAAAAAACAAUCACCAUCCCAGCACGAACGAAAACAUUCUCGUUCACAUAAUCGUGAGAAGGAUAAUUCUAGUUCAAAGACUAGUGGUUCUAGUUUAAAAAAAUUGUCCUCUAUACUGAAAAACUUCGAUCAGAAGAUGGAAUCAAAACGACUUGAUGGUCAAAGCCAUUCAGAAAUAGGACCUGCUCUUCCACCAAAUUUAUCUGAAAAAGCUAAAGAAGAAAAAGAGCCAAGUUCAUUGGAUCCAAUAUCAAGUAAAACAAACAUUGGCCCUGCAUUGCCCCCUCACUUGAAGAUCGACAAUACUGAUAUUGAUGAAGACUCAGAUACAGGGUCUGUUGGUAGUCAGCCCAACAAAUUAACUCAAACCAACGUGAGUGACACUUCGUCUUCAGUGAAACCAGCCAUUCCUCCUAACCCUGAAACAAAGAAUGUUGAAGAACCAGAAUCUUUAGAACAAUUACAAAAUCAUUCUGUCUCCGAAAUGAAUUUAUCUCCUCAUUCAAGUGACUCGCAUGACAAUUUAGAAACUUUUGGCCCAGUCUUGCCCCCAAAAGUGGAAGAGGAAUCCUAUGGACCUGCACUCCCACCAAAUUUGAAGAAAACUACUGUCCAAGGGCCUAUGCUGCCGUCAGGUAUAACUUCCGAUGAUUUAGAAAAAAUGGAACAGGAAGAAUCCGACAAUGAAGACACUUUUGGUCCUCUUCCUGUUGGAAAAAUGAAUAUGACACAAUAUCAAUUAGAACUGCGAGCUAUGGAUAUUAAAAGAAAACUGGAAGAGGAGAAAAGUGGAUCAUCUAAAGACGUAAACAAAAGAGAAGAGUGGAUGCUUGAAUUGCCUCCAGAAAAGGCUUCCAAUCUUGGCUUAGGUCCUCGCCAGUUCCGUAUGAAGGAAGGGCCUGACAUGAGCAACAGAUCUGCUUGGACUGACACUCCUGCUGAGAAGAAGCGCAAGGAAGAAAUGGCUUUGAAAGGAGAGGCAGAGCCAGUUAACACUGAAGAGAUCAUGAGGACUGCAUUCGUCAGAGAGCGAAAUGAAACAAUGGAAAAAAUAUCAAAACUUAGUAAAGAAGAAGAUAGGGAGAAAAGUCUUCUAGAACUUCAUCAGAAGAAGUUGAAAAAGAAGAAAAAGAAGGAAGAAAAAGAUGGAAAGAAAAAGGAAAGGCGUCCAUUUGAUCGCAACAUAGACCUGCAAGUUCACAGAUUUGAUGAGGCGCAGAAGAAGGCUAUAUUUAAAAAAGCCCAGCUUCUUGACACAAGAUUUUCAACUGGUGAAAGCAAAUUCUUGUAAAAUUGAAUAAAUUAUGUAUAAUUAUCCAAGAUCUCCUGGAGUGUAAGACCUCGAGUGUCUGGUAGGACGAAGAUUGUGAACAGCAGUGCUGCCACACAGCAGGCUGAGAAGAUGAAGAAUGCGAAGUGUGCACCCAGAUGGUC